CCAGGUAAUGAACGAUGGAUGCCUGAUCGAAUCACGAAGAGAAGAAAGAGUCCUCCAGCUGCUCCGACUCCUUAAUCCUGGAUUGGAGAAGAGGAAGGAGACGGCGAAGAGACAACUCCUCUUCACAGUGCCUCGUGUGGUAGCUGUGUCUCCCCAGAUGAGGUUGGUUGAAGAUAAUCCGUCGUCGCUGUCGCUGCUGGAUAUUUAUAAACUCAGAUGUGUGAAGAAGUCAGUGGAACAUGACUUGCCAAUUGGAAAAUAUUAUGAACGUCUUACCUCAGUUCAAGCAAGGGGGUUGCAGGUAUCGCAUCAUGUAUUACGUGACAUUUUACGAGACGUACAAACUGACAUGGUCCCACGAACCACACUGAAGGAAUGGGCAGUCAAUGCAUUCCCCGAUGCUACAGACUACUGGACCUUUAGGAAGAGUUUCUCAUUGCAUCUCGCUCUUCUCGGCUUUGCCGAGUUUGCUCUUCACCUCACGAGGUUGCGACCUGAGAUGAUGCAGAUUGCUCAGGACUCUGGUCAUCUUCAUGCAGCCUAUUUUAGGUUUGACAUGAUUGACAGCAGUGGUGAACUAAACACAAGCAGGGCAGUUCCGUUCCGUCUUACACCAAAUAUCGCCGAGUUUGUUUCCCCUGUAGGUGUCAACAGUGUUCUAACUGCUGCUAUGAUUGCUACAGCCAGGUGCUUCAUGCAACCAAAUUUCAAGGUAAUAUUAAACAUUAAAUUUUUUUAUUUUCACUGCCGAACAAUGUAGUUUAUACUUGUCGCA